GGAAUACCUCUUGGCAUACGUAUUGAAUCGCCAGUGGAAGGCAGGGCCGAUUGCCCACUUUAGCCUGAACGCUGGCCUCAGCGCGUCAACAGCGACACGCACGCACUCCUCUGGCACACCAGCACAUGGUACAUGAAGCAAAGCUGUAGAGGGUAAAGCUUGGCGCAGCGUAGCGGGCCAGCCAGCUCGGGGCGUGCGACGCCUGCUGGGCACGAAGUCGCCCCAGGCCCCCCUGGCCCCGGGCGCACGCUCGCGCCGGCCUCGCAGCGUCAGCACCAUCUUCGGCACUCUCAGCGCAACAGCCGCCGCAACCCCCCAACAAACCACGGCCAUGGAGCCCGAUGCCGAAGACGAGGUCCUGCGCGGCGAGCUGGACCCCGCCAAGGCCCGGCUGCGGCCCUACAUCCUAGCGCUGGAGCGGCUGCAGGCGUGGCGCAACAACGUGCCGCUGUUCUACGACACCAUGGUCCAGGACAGAUACGCCGUGCCUUGCCCGACGCUGCAGCUGCACCCGCACACACAGCCCGACGUGCGCGCGCCGCACGCGCUCACGCGCCACGCACUGCUGGUGGGCGAGAGCAACGUCACGGGGCAGACGCCGGCUGUGCUGCUUCGCGGCGUGGCGGUGCCGCACUCCUGCGCCGCCCUGGCCCGCGACCCCCGCAGCGGCUCCCGCGGCGGCUCCCUCGCCGCCGCCUCCGGCCUGUACGACGUGCAAGAGUACGACCGCCCGGAGGUGGGCGCCGCCGUGGCGCCGCUGAUGUACGACGCCGUACGAUUCUCGCACCCGCUGGGAGGCGUGGACCGGCUGCGGUACUGCCCGGCGGCGCCGCACCUGGUGGCCACCAAGUGUGACGGCGGCGGCCUGGCGUUACUGGACUUGCGGCCCUACCUGACCCACGGGCCCGGCGGCCUGGGCAGCAGCGGCAGCGGAAACGGCGGCUCGGGCUCCACGGGAGGGGCAGCGGCAGCGGCAGGGGCAGCGGGCGCAGGGCGGGAGGGCGGCGCCGGCGGCGCCGGCGGCUUCUGUCUCAGCCCGCCGGAUCUCGAGGUGUACUGGCCGAAGGAGGGCGAGGAGGAGGGCGAGGGCGAGGAGGAGGAGGAGGGCGAAGACGAGGACCCAGAUGGGCAUGGGCCGGACUGGCGGUAUCGGCUGCCGCCGCCACGGCAGGACAAGCCCUGGAGCGAGCUGCGCUGCGAGGAGCAGGUGGGCGUGGCGCUGGCUUGGGGCGGCGUCGCAGGCGGCGGCAGUAGUGGUGUGGGGCCGCUGCGGCUGUACAGCGGCGUCAAGUACGGCGCGGUUGCCGAGUACGGGAUACGGGAGGACGGGGGGCUGCAGCUGGUGUCGUUGCGAAAGGGCGUCGGGCACGAGGCCGACGCCGAUGUUGUGGAGCUGGCUUGGAGUGGCGGCGGCGGCGGCGGCGGCGGCGGCGGCGGCGGCGGCGGCGGCGGCGACGACGAAAGCGGCGCGGCGGCGGCAGGGGUGGCUGAGGCGGCAGGUGGCGGCGGCAGCGCGGCGCUGCUAGCGUCAUGUGGAACGGACGGGAGGGUUCUGCUGUGGGACUCGCGGCAGCAGAGACCGGUGCUGCACGCGCCGCGCUCGAAGGCGGACGUCAACGGCGUCGCGUUCGCGCCGCCGCCGGGCGCGGGUGCUGCUACUGGUGGUGGCGUCGGUGCCAGUGGUGGCAGUGGCGGCGGCGAUGUCGUGGGCUCCGCCCCGCUGCUGGCGGCGGGGGGAAAUGACGGCAUCAUCCGUGUGUACGACGUGCGGCAGCUCAGCAGCGGCCGCGAAGGCGGCGCCGGUGCGGCGGGAGCGGCGGCAUCCACCGCCUCGGGCGCCGGUGGGACUGGCGGAGCAGGAGCAGGCGGCGGGGCGCUGUACCGGCUGAAAGGCCACAGGUGCAAGGUGCAACAGCUGGCGUUCUGCCCGCAGCGCCGCGGCCUGCUGGCCUCCGCCGACAGCCUGGGCCGCGUGCUGCUGUGGCAGCCCGGCCGCACGCAGCCCCUGCCCGAGGGCCUGGCCUCCCGGCCCGAGCUGCUGUUCGUACACGCGGGGCACGUGCUGCCUGUUGAGGACUUCAGCUGGAGUACGGCAAUGUACGGCGUGCUGGCGAGUACGGCAUGGGUGCUGGACAAGGCGGUGGUGGCGGGCGCGGCAGAGCUGGUGGCGGAGGCGGAGGCGGGCGGGGGCGGGGAGGUGGGCGCGGGCGGGUUGCAGGGGCAAGCGCCCGGCGUGCAGGUGUGGCGGCCGGCAGAGGACGUGUUGCCGCGGCUGUGAUGCCGAGAGGCUCAGGGUGUGGUUUG